AUGCUACACAGAUUCAUAGAGGCUUCAGAGAAAAGAUACGAUGAGACAAAUGCGGUGAUAAGGGAACAUCAAAAUUUAAUGCGGGACCAGCAAGCUUUGCUAAUGAAUCACCAAGCAUCAAUCGAAAAUAUCGAAGCCCAACUAGGUCAACUAACCACUUUAGUAAAUGAAAAAUUAUCUCCAAAGAUUACCGAGAAAAAGCCUCAACCACAUGUUAUGGUUAUCGAAACUAAAGAGGAUACCAUCUUUGAGUUCCUUGAAGCACUUGAAGUCGAUUUACAUCAGUCCGGACCAAAGCCAAAGAAGUCAAAAAUAGAAGAAAAGAAUAUUGCUGAAAUUUCGAAUCCACGACGUGGGGAUUCAAUCUCCACGACGUGGGGUGGGUCUGAACAUAAAUUUUUUAGUGAUGUUCAAACUUAUAGUCCUCCUUUACCAUUUCCAUCUCAAUCUAAAUCACCCACUGGAACAGGAACACUUGAAGUUUAUGAAGCAAGUGAAGUUCCUGAAUAUGCGAAGUUUUUACAAGAUUUAUUAGACACUCGCCUACAAAUAAAGAAGACCUUCAAGGUUGACCUUAGUGAGCAAAGCUCUAAGGUCAUUAUGGAAGGGAUACCAAGGAAGAUGAGAGAUCCUGGACGCCUUACACUUCCAUGUAAAUUUGGAAAUAAUAUGAAGACUUAUGCUUUAGCCGAUUCUGGAGCAAGCAUAAAUUUGAUGCCUUAUUCGUUCUAUCAGAAGCUAGAUCUUCCAGAUUUGAAGGCCACUAGAAUGACGAUUCACAUGGCUAAUCAUAUGAAAGAAGAUAAAAAUGUCCCAAUAAUCCUUGGACGACCUUUACUCAAUAUUGCUCGAGCUUUGGUGGAUAUACGCAAGUCUAAACUUACAUUGCGAGUUGGAGAUGAACAAAUGACAUUUGGAGUGGCAGAUGGAUUCAAGAAUAAACAUUCUCAAGAUGAAGUGUUCAACAUUGAUGAAGAAAAUGAGUUUGAGGAAUUGGAGAAAUUAAUGGAAGAGGAGAUUCAAUCCAUUAAAAAAGAAACUCCAAGUUGUUUAGUUAGCAAGGAAAGUUACAAAGAUUUUGCGUCAAGUGGUGAGGAAGAAGAUACCCAAGUCUUGGAACCACCAGUUGCUGUCAAUGGCAAGGUUGCCACUAUGGAACUAAAAAGUGAAGAAAAAGAAGAGAAGAAACAUGAGCUUAUUGUGAAAAAUAAGGGAGUGAAAAGAAAGCUUGAGGAGGGUGAUGCGAAGGUUAAAUAA